GUAUUUAAAAUCAUUUAACGGCAUCGACAGCAGCGCGAGAAAGGCUAUGACCUCCGGAUAAUUCGAAUACCUGCAUUGCUAUGGAUAAUAAAAUUGCCAAGAAUACCAAGAGCAACAGUAAAAGCGGCAGAUUAGAUGAUACUUCAGAAGCGCUAUCCCCUAGAAGAGAGUCAAAUAGUUAUAGACAAAUGCACCUAAAUGGAAAUGAAAGCGCCGAAGAGAAUAAGGAGCCGAAGGACUUUUCCAUUCCCGUUGGCAAUAUAAUGGAAACGAUCUCGCAAUCGUCAUCAUCAUCAUCGACAACAACAACUGUCCCGAAUGCACAAUUCUUUGAUCAUCAACAGACCACGAAUGAGGCAGUUACCAAGGUCAACUCGGAUGUGAUGGAGCACAUAUUUAAUACACCCACAAGCAAUGCGGUGGUGCCGACUACAACAUCCACAAUAAUGUCGGAAAUUCUAUUGCGGCAGCAGCACGACAUGCUCCAGCACUGGCCAAAGCUGGAGGACCCUCAGCGCAAAUGGAAUCGGGAGCAAUUGGAUACAAGCUGUAAUCGUGAUGCAUUACUGGCGCGCAUAUACAACAAUAAAGUGCUCUCCCAGCACAAGAGCACACAACGCCAGCAACAGCAGCAACAGCAGCAGCAGCAGCAGCAAAGACAGUUUUUAGCAACACAAUUGCUUUAUGCACAGUUUCUACAUCAGCCCCAUUUGUCAUUGGAGGUCGAUCAGGAGCGAGAACGUAGGCUACAUAUAUUGGAGUUUUCUGGUUUGCGAAAAUCUUCCGUUAGCAAUGAGCCAAAAGCAACACCAUUAUUGUCAACAUCAUCACUAUCAAUUGGCUUAUCACACGAUAACAACAAUAAUCGAACACAAAGCGAUAUCGAACAGAGUGUUCGAUAUGAUCACGACCACAUCCGGAGAGAUGGAACAGAUGCACACAACUCGAAUUCGAACUCAUCGACUAAAGACAAAUGCAAGUUAAGCAAACGCACAAUAGCUCAAUGCGCUUCAAGCUCGAAGGGCUUCUUUUUGCGCGAGCAGAAGAACGUAUUGUUUGAUAUAAAAAAGGGCCUAGAGCAAUUGACAUUACUUUGCAGUCAAUUUCAGGAUAGUCUAAGUAUGCCAGAUGAAAGGGCAGACAGACCUGAUGAUGACAAUACAAACACCUCGACCUCGACCUCGACCCUUGAAGUUACCGUACAACGCGAAUUGGAAAACAAUCGAUUGAAAAUCGAAGGCAUGUUGGUCCAAGUGAGAAGUCUUUAUCGUCAGUGGAGCAGUGCUGAACUCUAUUAUCUACGGAGCUUGCAGAGACUAGGCCUUACUCCUGGCAGCAAGCCCGAUUCUCCCACUCAUGAUGUUAUGGCCCUUGCUGCGAUUGCCUUGUCUGCCGAAUGCGAUUCAGGGUUAAGAAACAAAACUGAUGCCGCCGAAGUUAGCCCAAAAAACUGCUAUAGGCAAGAGAACAACUGCUCAAGUAAACCCGAAGUACAUUCAUCGCCAGAGAAACUGCGUACACUGCAAGAUAUUGAAAAUAUUAUACUGCAGCAAGCAGCAGCCGCUGCUGCUAGUCAACAGAAACAAUCUGACCCAGGUUUCGUGAAUGGCCACAGCGAAAGUGCAGCGAGCAGUGAUAGCGACGAAGAAAAAGAGUCAUCAUCACCCGCUUGUAUUUGGCAUCCAAAGAACAAUGUUCAUCCAGCCGAUGACGGUGACACCUGCAGCACUGCCGCCGAAAUUCUUUUGGAAUAUACUUCGUUAUCGUCGGUGCAGGCGAAAAUUAAUGCAUUGAUGGGCAGUGGCAACAGCUUGCCUCUGCCUGGCUCUGGUUCAAGUACUAACAAAAUCGCCGAGAACUGUUCGGUCUUGAAUCUAUCACCAGGGACGCAGAGAGCACCGUUUAAUCGAGAGUCGGCCACUUCGGAUCCCUUAUACUUGGCCGAUAUUCCGUUCCCUCCAACGCCAGCCACACCACCAACAAGUAGCAACAGCAGCUGUUCGACAGUUACGGGCCCGCUUGGCUGCACAUCGUAUUCUUUGAGCACGAGUAAAUAUAACCACCGGCGAAAAUCUAGAUAUGCGCGACGCAUCGAAACUCCCACAUCCUCAUCAUCGGCCAGCACCUGCCAGCCGGAGUACUCGGCCAAGGAACUCAACGGGGACGCAUAUAAGGUUGUCGCUAUUGCCAGUAUGCCAAUGUGCCCAUCCUCGGUAUCAUCGACAACCGCGUCAGCCUCCGGCUCCGCCUCAGCCGCAGCGGCCCCCAUUCAAGAUUCACCCUCAGCCGUUGCGGCGGUAGCCGCAUUCCAGGAACGUGCCAUUACGGACAUGUUUAAGGCCCAGUUUAGCGCUUUGACAGUGGCGGCUGGAAUUGCAACUGGAUGUGGAAGCGAAUCAGGACUUGGAGCUGGAUCUGACACUCCCUACGACUUAAGCAUUGGAACGAGGCUAAAAAAAAUAAACUUGGAUACCAAAAGCUCAUCAAAUUCGCAAGCAAACGACUGUAAAGAUAGUUCAAAUGAUAAAAAGAAGCCACAUAUCAAGAAACCUCUGAACGCAUUUAUGCUGUACAUGAAAGAGAUGAGAGCCAAAGUUGUAGCUGAAUGCACCCUGAAAGAGUCAGCGGCGAUUAAUCAAAUACUGGGGCGACGGUGGCACGAACUUUCCCGCGAAGAGCAAAGCAAAUAUUACGAAAAAGCGCGACAAGAGCGCCAAUUGCAUAUGGAGUUGUAUCCGGGGUGGAGCGCACGAGAUAACUACGGUUACGUGUCAAAAAAGAAAAAGCGUAAAAAAGACAGAUCGACAGCGGAUUCGGGAGGUAACAACAUGAAAAAGUGUCGAGCGCGAUUUGGACUGGACCAGCAGAAUCAAUGGUGCAAGCCCUGCAGACGCAAAAAGAAAUGCAUUCGCUACAUGGAGGCAUUACAUGGAAACGGCGCGCUGGCGAACGGUAGCGGCAUGGAUGAUGCUGGCAAUAUGAGCCAGUUGAGUGAUGAUGACGACGAUGACGAGGAAUUGGGUGGUGCCAGCUGUGGCAGCGGGGAUGAGACCGAGACAAAUAAAAUGGCCGACAACGACGACACAGAGUCAAUGAGCCAGUCGCUGUCGAGCCCCGGGUGCCUGAGCGGACUGUCCAGUGUGCAAAGUCCCUCGACAACGACGAGCCUGGCCAGUCCACUAAAUAUGAACAUGCUAACUAGUCCAGCAACGCCCGCUCUACCUUCUGCAACCAGCAAUAUAGGCCCUCUCCCUGUUAACAACAGCAAUGAGCAGGCAGCGUCGAGCAGUCAAUCACGAUCAGCGCCUGGGUCUGGGACUGGGUCCAGCAGCGGAUCAACAUGUAGCAUUAGUAACACACCUAAUACCUCUAGCACAGCGUCGCCAGUGACGUCUGCGACCGGAACAGCGCCGACCUCUGUCAGUGAGCGCGCCAUGAUGCUUGGCACCCGCUUUAGCCAUCUAGGCAUGGGGCUUACUCUACCCGUAUGUGGCAGUAAUCCAGAGCAACUAUUCCAAUCGCACACCCACCUGGCUGCUGUAAGCCUCGCUGGAAGCAGUGGCAGCGGCAGCAGCAGCAGCAGCACUCCAACAUCUUUGGCAACAAAUGGCUUCAACAGUUAUACGGGCUCUGUAACAGCGGGUGGCAGCAUAAAGACAAUAGUACCAAAUGCUGCAGCAUCUGUAUCAGCGCCGGCGCCGGCUACUGGACCAGCAACAAGCUUACAUCGCAACCCGAUUGGCGCUAACCCACGUGACAUUAACAAUCCGUUGAGUAUCAAUCAGUUGACCAAGCGGCGAGAGGAUAAUAACAUUGUGAUACUCGGCAGCUGCGACCCGCAAUCAGCUUCAGUUAUUUUGCGCCAUAACGCGGCCCAUAAUCCAUACACGCACACUCACCCGCAUCCGCAUCCUCAUCCGCAUCAUGCGCUCUUCAGCAGCAGCUUUAGUCAACACUUCCAGCAACAGUUGAACAACCAUUUGUCAGCCACAAGCAGCAGCGGCAGCAGCAUCGGGUCAGUCGUGCAACCGAUUGACACGCCCGCCCUGAAUAGUAUGAAACGCCGCAAUACAUCCGAUUCCCCAGCAGCGACCGGAAAUAGCGCAACUCCCAACGCAACCGAAACUGGAGCCAUUAGUGUUUCGUAGCAGUCUGGCAAUCCAGUAUAUGUGAAUAAAGUAACAAUUAAUAGAGCCUCGUCCCGCCCUGAUGUCCAUGCCUUAGUCAUUAAGAUAUGGAGCAGCCAACUACCUAAUAAAGCUAAAGCUAAAGUUGGCCCAACGUGCAAUAAGAACCAUCUCGAUCGCCAUUUAGCGCUCAUCACCAUCGCCAUAGUUGUAACAAGAAACAUGUGGCCAUUAUUGGAUUAGUGCCAAAAGUCCUUACUUCAUAUAUACAUACAUAUAUAACAUACUUAUCAACAAACAAUUAUCGAAAAGCAUUUGAAUUUAACGUAUACAAGUUCUUAGUUCGAGUGUGCCACGAGAUCUGGUGAUGGUGAAAUGUCAUGUCAAGACAACCCCACAAAGUUUAGUUGAGCUUUCGUAGCUAUCAAAAUAUACAUAUACAUUGAGUGUAAAUGUGCAUACAUACAUAAUACACACAUACAUACAAGCAUAAAUAUAUUUCGGAUAAUCCAUUAGAAAUUACAGGCCAAUUGCAAAACUAAACUUUUAGGUUUCAGCGCAAGUAAGAGUACUGCGGCUGAUUUUCCGACGCGGGGAGUUAUCCAGCACCCAAUUGAAAUUUAUGUUAUCUCUAUAGAAAAAAGUGUUUUCCCCGACACUAAGAUCUUGAGAGCUAGACUUAACUUACGUAAUGGAAUGUACGUUUCGGUAAAUUCCAACUUUUUCGUUUGCCCUUCGAACGGACUCAAGCCCAUUUUCAAAGAUCUUUGUUCAAAUUCAUUAGAGGGGUGGUCAAAGAAAAAGCCAUUAUAACGCAGCUUAAUGUUAUGCAAAUCAUACUUUUAUUUAAAUAAUUCAAAAGGCAGAAGUAUAAAAUACGUAGUAUUUGGAAAAUAGUUUUAAAAGAACUUACAUUUCCAUACCAUUUUACCAAUAGAAAAACAACCAACUAAAAAACAAGUAAGAGGUUCUAGUCGGGAGCUCCUGACUAGGGGAUACCCUGAACAAUCUUCUUCCAACAUCAAA